UUAUCCAUUUCUACCAUGCUCUCUCUGCUCAUUCUGCUGCUUCAGGCGGUCUUUAUCCAUUGCGGUUAUUCUAGUAAUCCUCGCUAUGACUACAUUGUAGUAGGCGGAGGGACAGCUGGACUCGUAGUUGCGAAUAGAUUGACGGAGAAUCCACACGUCACAGUCGCAGUCAUUGAGGCCGGAGACUCGGUCUUCAACAAUCCCAAUGUCACGGACACGACAGCCUUUGGACUAUCGUUAGGAACUUCAAUUGAUUGGGCAUAUCCAGCCGAACCUCAGACAUAUGCGUUGAAUCGUACCUUGAUAUAUGAUUCUGGAAAAGCAUUGGGAGGAACCAGUACUAUCAAUGGGAUGACGUAUAUACGUCCUGAAGCAGCCCAUAUUGACACCUGGGAAAAGUUGGGAAACGACGGCUGGAAUUGGGAUUCUUUGUGGCCGUACUACAAAAAGAGCGAGCACUUCCAAGUUCCAGACGCUCAGCGACAGGACGAUGGAGCAGCUUACAUAGAAGAUUAUCACGGAUUCCGAGGUCCAGUCACAGUGGGUUGGAGCACGACCUUGAUGGGAGGGGAUGCCCACUCCAUCUUGAACGAGACUUGGCAGAACGUCGGAUUACCGUACAAUGCGGACACAAGUGGUGGCAAGUUACGCGGCUUCUCAGUGUGGCCAUUUACGUUGAACAAUAGUGUUGGCGGGAAGGGCAUUCGACAGGACGCAGCGCGAGCGUACUACUAUCCUUUCGCAGCUAAACGACCAAACCUUCACUUAUAUCUAAACACGGUGGCUAACAAGCUGAUAUGGGAUGGCGAUUAUUAUAAGUAUACUGCAACGGGAGUUGAGGUUACAUCGGUAGGAGGACUUAUCUCUAACAUCUCUGCUACUCGCGAGGUAAUUAUAUCAGCUGGAUCUCUGCGAACUCCAGUCUUCUUGGAACACUCAGGCAUUGGAAACCCUGACAUUCUCACCAAAUACUCCAUCCCCCUCCGCAUCGCUCUCCCCUCCGUCGGCGAAAACCUUCAAGAUCAACCCAACAAUGGCGUCGCCACGAGCCUCUCGCUAAACACAACCGGCUACCCCCCCUACGUCUCCCACGCCACAGCCGCCGAUCUCUUCGGCUCCUCAACCAGCACCAUUGAAGCCAACCUCCGGUGCUCCAUCCCUUCCUAUGCCGCGGCCGUCGCCUCUAACUCUAACCAUGCCCUCAACGCCUCCGCCCUCGAAACCAUCUUCUCCCUCCAAGCCGACGUAAUCUUCCACACCUCCACCCCCCUCGCUGAGAUCCUCUCGGUCCCCAUCGCCGGCGCCCCCGAACUCGCCACCCCUUUCUGGAGCCUUCUGCCUUUCUCGCGGGGAAGCGUGCACACGCAGUCAAAAGACCCGACAGCGUAUCCAGCCAUCCAACCCAACUUCUUCCAGUUCGAGUUCGACGAGCUCGCGCAAACGGCCAUCGCGCGGUACAUCCGGAAAUCGUACACCGUGGCGCCUCUCGCGGCGCUUGUUGGGCCCGAGUUGGUGCCGAACACCACUACAGUGCCGACAGAUGCGCCGGAUGAGGUGUAUAUUGAGUUUUUGAAGUCGACGUUUGGCCCGAACUACCACCCGGUGGGCACGGCGGCAAUGAUGAGUCGGGAGCUGGGCGGGGUGGUGGAUAGCGAGUUGAGAGUGUAUGGGACACGGAAUGUGAGGGUGGUGGAUGCGAGUGUGUUUCCAGGGCAAGUAACGGGGCAUUUGACGAGCACAAUUUAUGCGGUUGCGGAGCGGGCGGCGGAAAUUUUGGUGAGGGAGGGGCGUUAAUGUAGUAUGUACGAUCCGUAUUGAGUGCGUAUUUGUACGGUAAUUCCACUCUUUCUUACCAAGAUAGACCUAUGAGGUUACGUAGAAUUGCAGAAGUCCUUCACCUUCUCCGCCUUUUUUCCUGUGAUAGCGUAGAUGUAAUCCAAAAACACCUCCGCUUCCAUCAGGUGCAUCU